AGAGAAGGCGACGUCCCGCUGGUCUGGGGAGAUUUUGAGGCGAAUCCAGUAAAGCAAAGUCCCCCAAACAGAGAGUGAAUGGAAAAUGCCACGUUCCUUUUUGGUGAAGAGCAAAAAGGCUCAUACCUACCACCAGCACCGCUUCGUGGAAGAUGACCUGCCUGCACUCACGUGGGGCCCAGUGACCUCUGCCUUCACUGCCCCGGCAGACAGGACACCAGAGGACAUCAAGAAACAGGACCUGGAAUGUGUGGUUCCAAAACAAGAAAAGGACCCACCUGAACUGAAGGAAGAAAGUGUCCCUGUCCAGUACCUGAGCAGGAUGCUGCCAGGCCCUUCAGCCCAAGAGAUGCCCAUCCCAGCUCUGCAGAUCAAGGACUGCACCAACACAACCACCCCUGCCUUCUACAAAACAGGCUUCUCUUGGGAUGCUUUCCAUGUGCCAUACAGCUACCAGCAGAUGUCCUCCACCAUGCAGUCAGCCCUGCUGGAGCACCCUGUCAGCCUGUAUGGCAGCCACCUCCUGCCAAGCUCCGAGCCCCCCCUGGACUACAGCAUGCACUAUUCCUCAGACAUGGAGACCUUCCACUGCGUGAAGUGCAACAAGGUAUUCUCCACUCCCCACGGACUGGAGGUCCACGUCCGAAGGUCUCACAGUGGGAGCCGGCCCUUUGCCUGUGAAGUGUGUGGCAAAACCUUUGGGCACGCUGUGAGCCUGGAGCAGCACACCAAUAUCCACUCCCAGGAAAGAAGCUUUGAGUGCAAGAUGUGUGGGAAGACAUUCAAACGUUCCUCCACCCUCUCCACUCAUCUGCUGAUCCAUUCGGACACACGGCCCUAUCCCUGCCAGUACUGUGGCAAACGCUUCCACCAGAAGUCGGAUAUGAAGAAACACACUUACAUCCACACUGGUGAGAAGCCCCACAAAUGCCAGGUGUGUGGCAAAGCCUUCAGCCAGAGCUCCAACCUCAUCACCCACAGCCGCAAACACACCGGGUUCAAACCCUUCAGCUGCGAGCUCUGCGCCAAGGGCUUCCAGCGCAAGGUGGACCUGCGGAGGCACCGGGAGACCCAGCACAGCAUCAAGUGAGGAGGGGGCUCCAGGUCUUUGCUGGAGCUCCCACUGCAGACUGUCCCCAGCAUCUCCAUCCAGUGUGGGACUCAUAUGGCAUAUAACACUCCUGUGUUCCCCUGGGGACUGGCAAAGUCAUGUCAUUCCAGGGCCUUGC